AUGAUUGCAGCCUUCACCACCUUGGCACUCUUUAUGCUCUGGGCUGCAGAUGUUUCUCUGUCUGUGCUCAUCACUCAGUGGCCCCAAUACAUUUCCAGUCUUCCCAACGGCUCGGCGGAAAUGCACUGCUACCAGAAUAACACGGAUUAUCAAUAUGUGUACUGGUACAGGCAGCUGAGAGGACGAGGUUUUCAGUUAAUUGUGUCUGCAAUAGCAAGCACUGCAAACUUUGAAGAAGGAUUCAAAUCUGGUUUUCAGGCAGUGACAUCGAAGGAGAAGCAGUCAUCUCUAACAAUAACCAGCGUUCAGACAAAAGAUGAGGCUGUUUAUCUUUGUGCUGCCAGUCUACACAAGUCUCCGUGCUCCUACACCGAGGCUUACUUUGGAGCUGGAACUAAACUCACCGUUUUAGAAAAAGACCCCAAGCCCCCAAAAGUGGAAGUUCUUCGUCCUUCGCCAAAGGAGUGCAAAAACGGACAAAGGAAUAAGACCUUGGUUUGUGUGGCCACUGGAUUCUACCCAGACCAUGUCAGUUUAUCCUGGCAGAUCAACGGGGUUGGUGUCACUAAAGGUGUGGCGACGGACGAGGCUGCCCAGUGGAUGCCGGGAGAGAGGUUUUACCAAAUCACGAGCAGGUUGAGGGUCUCUGAGGAAGAUUGGUACAACCCAAAGAAGCAAUUCAAUUGUACUGUCAAUUUCUACAAUGGAAGCGAUACUGUCCCUUACAUAGGUUCAAUUUCUGGUAAAGCAAAUACCAUAACAAGAGGGGAAUAUUUGAAGAUCACACAGUCUGCCAAACUUACAUACGGUGUUUUCAUCGCCAAGAGCUGCAUCUACGGGGCCUUUGUGGCAUUUCUGGUGUGGAAGCUUCAGGGUUCAAAUGGAAAGCAGAACUACUGAGAGCAAAUCAAUUCUAGGAGAUCUAGAAGAAGAUGUUGGUUUCUGUAAAUCAAGGUUGAAAUCUUUUCACAAGUUUGUAUAUUGCAGUGCAUUUGCAUUUAUUACUCAAUUACAUAAUCAAAUUCUGCUGAAAUAGAUGAAAAGUUCUAUACAUAUUAUUUUUUUAUCUUAAAGUCGCUUUGGCAUCACAUAAUAAUUCUGUGUUUGUGGUUGUGAAUUGCUUGUUUGCUUAUUUUUUAUCUAAAUAAAAGCAUUUAAAAGGA